AUGGCCGAGACGACUGCACCCAGGUCUCCCCGCAAUCUGAAGGCAUGCGAUACAUGCCGGAGCCGCAAGAUCAAGGUGAAUAUGCCGAGACCUCGCUCUGAGUUCUCCCAUGUCGCGUAUGCCGAGGAUGUCGGUCAUCGGGCACUAGUUGUACCCAGGAGAAGAUCAGGCGCAAGAGAGGACCGGCCAAACGCUUCAUCCUCGAAUGCGCCCUCGAUACGGCGACCGACAGUCGGUUCGCCCUUUGGUUCUCAACACGCCGUGUCAUCACCUUCCGUGGCAGACAUCAACAGCCAGGCCUCCCCAACAGUCGUGGCGGGAGGCCUCGACUUCCACGGCUUGUGUGCUCGCUCGCUUGUCUUGUCGAUCCUCACCGACUGGUCGCGCUUCGUCUGGCCCCUCGCGUCACUGUUGCACAAGAAGCGAUUUCUCCGACGGGUUCUCCAACGCGAAGAUGAGAGGAACCCGACGUUCUGCGCUCUUGUGCUGUCGACAUGCGCCGUGACCGUCACGACUCUCCGACGGAACAGCUUCCACAAGUACCGCGGCGUCACAGUCGCCAAGUGCAUCGGUCUCAUUGAGCAAGGGCAGAUGCUGCAGCGGCCGGCAGCGUACACCCUCGACUGGUGCAUCUCGUGCUACAACGUCGCCUCGUCGCUGCACGCGCUCGAUGGCGACGCCGAGCUGCGCGUCUAUCAGGCCAUCAAAGACGCCAUGGCUGGUGUCCAGUGGCUUCUCUUCUGCGACGGCGAACGGGAGACAAGGCCUUUGCAUGACCAGGAAAUGCUGAAGCGGCUUUACUGGCUCAUGUCCAUGUGGCAACUGGCUGCUGAACUACGAGGCGAACCAUACCUGAGCUACCUCCCCUGUCGAUCGUUCACGCAAAUAUUGGAGACGAUGCGACCUUUGCCGUUGUCCGAUGCCGAGCUUGGAGUACCAGAACCGGACGUGGAUAUACCUGUGCUCUGGCCAGGUGUGGAAGAGACCUGGAUGAGAGACGACGAGCAGUACAUCACCGGGCUCAACAGCCUCAUCGAUAUCAUGCUCGUGUGGGAAGAUGCCAAGGUGGACAUGACGCACAAGUCCCCGACCGACACGCUGAGAGAAGGCAUGGCCCGUAUCCAGGCAGUGCUGGACAGCCUCAUCCCCGAACUGCGGUGGAGCGGGGGGUUGGCUAGGUAUCCGCAGCCGUGUCGAAGUCACGAAGCGCAGACGGUCAAUAUCUUGAUCACGAGCCUGUACUUAAGAUCAAAUCUCCUGCAGAACCUCGGUCAAAUACCCGGCAUAACGCACCAGGGCAUCGUCAGUGACGUUCUUGAAAUCUUGGAACAUAUAUCAGAAGAGGUUCAAGAAGCCAACGGGUUCAGCCUGGUCAAAAAGGUUCGUGACAUUGGCGCCGCCUAUCUACAAGAGCUUCGAGUCACGGGCGACGGAACGAUGCAAGCCGUAAAUGAAUCGGCACAGCGUACGGUCAACACUCUUCUUGCGCGACUCGAGAGGCUGGAUUCGGGGUCAAGAGAGCGUGGAUAUUGA